UCUCGUGACGUAAUACUGACGACACGCGACCAGGAAGUACUUUGGCGUGAGCUAUCAGUGUGCAGAUACUAAACAGUUAGUAAAAUAAAUUAAAUACUACUACUAAUAAAUAAACCGCAUUGGUUUUGUCCUGUUGCGGUUUUAUCGUCAUGUCCGACAGAAAUCCCGGAAUGGAUCUGGAUCUGGAGUGGGUGUCAAAGGUCAGAGUGAACACCCAGGCUGUGCUGAGGAGGGCCCAACAAGUUCAGGGCCGAAAGGUGGCCAAGAAAGAGUGGCAGGCAGCCUGGCUCCUGAAGGCUGUGACGUGCAUUGACCUGACGACACUGUCUGGUGAUGACACGCCGUCUAACGUCCACCGACUGUGCAUGAAGGCCAUGCAGCCAGUCCGCUACGACCUGCUGCAGAGCAUGGACAUGCAUGAUAAAGGUAUUACAACAGCUGCAGUGUGUGUUUAUCCGUCUCGUGUGGCUGAUGCAGUAAAAUCUUUAAAAGCAGCCAACUCCAACAUACCUGUUGCCUCUGUGGCUACUGGGUUCCCUGCUGGUCAGACUCCACUGAAGACGCGUCUGGAGGAGGUGCGUAUGGCUGUAGAAGACGGGGCAACUGAAAUUGACAUUGUCAUUAAUCGGACUUUGGCUCUUACUGGACAAUGGGCAGAUUUAUAUGAUGAGAUCCAGCAGUUCCGAGAGGCAUGUGGCGAUGCACAUAUGAAGACCAUCCUGGCAGUAGGAGAGCUGGGCACUUUCACCAACGUCUACAAGGCCAGUCUUGUGUCAAUGAUGGCAGGAUCUGACUUCAUCAAAACUUCUACUGGCAAAGAGUCUGUUAACGCCACCUACCCAGUUGCCAUAGUAAUGGUCCGGGCCAUUCGAGACUACUACUUGAAGACAGGUCACAAGGUUGGGUUUAAGCCAGCGGGGGGUAUUCGCACAGCGCAGGAGGCCCUGGUGUGGCUGGUACUGAUGAAGGAGGAGUUGGGUGACCAGUGGCUCACUCCUCACCUGUUCCGCCUGGGAGCCAGCAGUCUGCUUGGAGACAUUGAACGGCAGAUUUAUCACUAUGUAACAGGACGCUAUCCAGCCUAUCACGAGCUGCCUAUGGCCUGAUUUCCUGAAAUCCUUUCCAUGUGACCAACAAGACUCAGGAUCUGUUCCAAUCAGCCAAAAGAAGUUGAACAAAGAAGUCCAUUGAAGUCUUCAGGGAAAUAAAGUUACUGGCUGACAAACAUUAUGUGUUUAUUUUACAGAUAAGAAGUUAAUGCUGAGGGCAGGAACUCCCACAGCCCUUGCCUUGAUUUUUAUAAAUGAGUAUUUCAUUCAAGAAUCAUUUCAUACUCUUGAGAAAAACUGUACUUGAAGGGUAUUAUGUGAAGUUUAUCUAAAUCAUUUUGUCUAAAGGAUUUUUUAAAAUUAAUUUAAUAAAGGCCAAAUGAUAUAUGAUGUA